AUGAAUGAACGAAUAAACAAGUGGACGACAGAGCAACAAAGAAUCGGACAAAGAAACGUAUUGCGACAGUGCCAUGGGGACGGAAUACUGAGACAGACUGUCCUGGUCAGGUCAUUGAAGGGUAGCAACGAAGCAGAUGUCCAUCCGAUAGCCAAGCAGACCAAUGUAUGCGCAUGCGCAUGUGCGCAUAUGUUUAGUGUCCAAGGGCAUUCCCUAUUCCGCACCAGUAGCAGCAGUAGUCACAUCAACAAUUAUCUCCACCUCUCUUCCUCUAUCUAUCCGUAA